UCCUCCGCAGUGCCCCCACCCUGCUCCCUGCCCCAUCCCGCUGACCCCCCUCUCUGCCCACAGCCGGGACCACCUCAUGCCAUGGAGCCCAACCACGCAACCCCGUCCCCUGCGCUGCCAACAGCCGACGAAGGGAACAUGUGUGAGAUGGAUGUCUUUGAUGCAGCCGUGGAUGGGGCCACGCUGCUCAUCAGCCUGUGCGGGCUGGUGGGUAACGGGGCCGUGCUCUGGUUGCUCGGCUGCCGCAUCCGCAGGAACCCCAUCACCGUCUACGUGCUCAAUCUGGCCGUGGCCGACUUCACCUUCCUCCUCUUCACCCUCUCCUCCGCCCUCCUCUAUCUCCUGGACAACUACUUCUGCUCUGCGCUGCCCUCCUUAGUGAAGCACUUAAGAGCGCUCCUCCUGCUCUCGCUAUUUGCCCACAACAUGGGCAUGUACCUGCUGGCGGCCAUCAGCGUCGAGAGGUGCAUGUCCAUCCUGUGCCCGCUCUGGUACCGCUGCCACCGCCCCCAGCACCUGUCAGCCGCGGUGUGUGCCCUGCUCUGGGCCCUCUCCAUCUCUGUCAUUGCCACCGUGACGUCCCUGUGCCUGUCGCACCAGCAAGAGCAGUGCCGCCUGGCGCUCAUCGCCAUGUACAUCCUCAACUUCCUCAUCUUUGCCCCAUCCAUGGUCAUUUCCAACGUCAUCCUGCUCAUUAAGGUGCUGUGCGGCUCCAGGCAGCGCCAGCCCAGGAGGCUCUACAUCGCCAUCUUCCUCACGGUCCUCUUCUUCCUCCUCUUCGGAGUCCCCCUCAGCGUCUGGAAUUUCAUGCAGCAUUUCAGCGAUGCCUUGGGGCAGCACCAGGUGGUCGUCCUGCUUGCCUGCAUCAACAGCAGCGUCAACCCCUUCAUCUACUUGCUGGUGGGCGGCGGCAGGAGGCACUGCUCCUUGGCGUCCCUCCAGGUCGCCUUCCAGAGGGUCUUCGAGGAGACUGGGGUCACUGUGAUCAACACCUGA